GUCAGAAAACAACGAACUUAUUAGUUACAUAAAACAACAACAAACAAUAGAUAGAGGGUAGAGUUAAUCAGAGGUUUAUCACAAAUCACAACGUUUAAAAAGGAUGGGGAAGAAACAGCACCAGAAAGAUAAAUUAUAUUUAACCACAAAUGAAUGGAAACAUGAAUGGGGAGGAUACAAAGGUACUCAAAAUACUGGAGAAAACUCAAAAUUCAGACGAUUGCCAUAUUACUGCUGCAGCAUUUCAUUGCAGCCUUUUGAGAACCCACUAUGUACAAAUGAGGGAGUUAUAUUUGAUUUACUUAACAUAAUCCCUUUCUUGAAGAAAUAUGGAGUCAACCCUGCCAAUGGAGAGAAAAUGUCUUCCAAGGACUUGGUGCGACUAAAUUUUCACAAAAAUGCAGCCGGUCAGUUCCACUGUCCAGUUACCUUUAAAGUGUUCAAUGAGAACGCUCACAUUGUGGCAAUCAAACCAAGUGGGAAUGUCUAUUCUUACGACGCUGUGGAGAGACUGAACAUAAAACCUUCACAUUGGAAGGAUCUUCUCACUGACGAGCCUUUCACACGCAAAGAUAUCAUCACAAUUCAGGACCCAACCAAUUUAGACAAGUUCAACCUGCAGUCAUUUUACCACAUCAAGAAGAACCUCAGACUCACAGAAGAUGAAGAGGACAGCAAAGAUUCCAAGUUCAACUUGAAGACAAUCAACAACGAAGCCAAGUCCACCCUGGAGGAGCUGGAGAGAGAAUACAAGCCUUCUCCUUUUCUGGUUAAAAAAGAAGAAGAACAGAAGAAAGCAGACAAGUUCAAUGCUGCUCCAUAUUCCACUGGGAAAGUUGCGGCGUCCUUCACAUCAACAGCCAUGGAUGUACACACAGAGUUUGUAGCAGACUUAAUUAACGAGGAUGUGCUUCGGUACGAGAGAGUGAAGAAGAAAGGCUAUGUGCGAAUUGUCACUAACCUGGGUCCCUUGAGCUUGGAGCUACACUGUGAUAUGGUCCCAAAGACAUGUGAAAACUUCCUGAAACAUUGUCUGAAUGGUUACUACAAGAACACAAUAUUUCACAGGUCAAUUCGUAACUUCAUGAUUCAAGGAGGAGACCCAGAGGGAACAGGAGCAGGGGGACAGUCUAUUUGGGGCACGCCAUUUAAAGACGAGUUGAAGCCAAAUUUAACCCACACAGGGCGAGGAGUCUUGAGCAUGGCAAAUAGUGGGCCUAACACCAACAGAUCUCAGUUCUUUAUAACGUACAGAUCUUGCCGACACUUGGAUGGUAAACAUGCUGUCUUUGGAAAGGUAGUGGGAGGCCUGAAAACCCUGGAUGCUAUGGAGGCCAUAGAGGUCGACAAAAAGGACAAGCCAAAGAUUGACAUUAUAAUAGAAGAUUGUGUAGUGUUCUCAAAUCCUUAUGAUGAAGCUGAUGAACAGUUAAAAAAGGAACGUGAAGAGGACCUUGAGAAACAGAAGAGAGAAAAGGAUGAAGAAAUUAAGAAACAAAAGAAGAAGACAGAAGAACCAACAGUAAAAGUGUAUAAACAAGGAGUUGGUAAAUACAUCAAUUCUACGGCAAUCAAAAGGGCAGCAACCUCAGCAGAGGAUGACACAGUUUCUGAUCCAAAACAGAAGAAGAAAGCUACAUACAAUUUUGGCAACUUUAGCUCCUGGUAACUGUUUCUUCAUGCAAAUGUGUUUUCAUGUAUUUACUUAUCCACAAUACUAAUAAAAAUUAUCUCAAUGUGUUGCCAAGAUUCUUUUAUUAA